GAAAGGGACCGAACUGUCAUCUGGCGUUCGCAAAUUAAACCUGAACGACGAAAAGGGUAAUCCGGAUCCAAAAUCCAAUCCGGAAGAAGGGCUUCCCUUUUCCAACCCCGAUUUGGAAACCGGAGUAUUGAACCCAAAAUCUGGUGGGAAUGGCGACGCAGCCAGGAUUAGAGAGGUUUUAACUCAAAUGGUAGACAAGGUGGAUAGGGCCACCACUCAUCUCACACAGGUACGCGAUUGGGGGGCGGGCAAGAUGACUUACCUUGCACGUCGCAUUGGAUUCGUUGUGUGCUGA